AGGAAAUGGAUGGCCUGCAAACGUUGUGCUCCGCUGCACUCCGCCACUUGCGGCAGCCAGAAUGCACAGGAAACGUCUUUCUUUUUUUUUUUAAGUUAUUACAUUAUUGACUCAUUCAUUUCGGGGUUUUUUGUUGCUAUUUAAACCUAUUUUUAAGGUUUUUUUGUGCUUUUCGUGAGGUUGGUGAGUUUGGGUUGACUUGAUUAUUCAAGCUUCUUCGGUCAAGCCAAGCCAAGUUCGACUUGUUGAGAAUUUGCCAUGAGAGUGAGUACGUAUGAGGGAGCAUGUGUAGGAUGUAAACAUGACUUUAUUAUAAACUAAAUCAUGAAGCUCUGGUGUUUGAGCUGCAUAUGGCCACUCGUAUCAUGCUUCUGCAUCUCAACUGUGUGCUCUGCCAGGCUCGAGCAGACGGACGAAGUUCCCUCGGUGCAGAUCGUUACCCUGACAAGGCUCGAAGACACCAGGCCCACCGUCUCGUCGGGAGAUGCGAGGCAGCAGACGGCCCCUACUCCGGCCACGGCGCAGCCCCGGCCCGGUGUGCGUCCGGCCUGGCUACUGGCCCUUGGGGUGGGUGCCGUGCUGCUGCUGCUGCUGGCUGGGCUCUGCCCUCUGCUGGCGUGGUGGUUGCAGCGCAAGCCACUCCCUUCCAAGGGCGACCCCGAACUGUGGCUGGGGCCUCCUCCAGCCGGCGGCGACACGCUUCCCCUGCAGUGCGUGCCCACGGCAGUACAGUCCGCGGGGCCCAGCCCCCUGCACAGGACAAGGGGUCUCCUGGAGAGGCGGGGAUCCAAUGCCUCCCUGACCCUGGAUCUCCAGCGCACGGGCAACUCGGACAAGCAGGGCUCCGGGCCGUACCUGGCAAGCCGGAGGCUGACUCGAGCCCAGCUGCGCUCUUGCCUGAGCAACGUGGCUGCCCUUCACUCAGAGUUUUGGGACAUCCCGAUGAACCACCCCGAGCGAGCGGCCGUUCCGGGCUGUGGCGGCAAGAACCGCUACCGGAGCAUCCUGCCGAACGAGCACAGCCGGGUGCUGCUGGGGCCCCGGGGAGACUACAUCAACGCCAACCGGCUGCGGGGCUUCAAGGGGGCCCGCAGCGCCUACAUCGCCACCCAGGGACCCCUCCCGCACACAGUGGCCGACUUCUGGGCCAUGGUGUGGCAGGAACGGGCGCCCGUCAUCGUCAUGAUCACCAACUUAGUCGAAGACGCCAAGGUGAAGUGUGAGCAAUACCUGCCAGAGGGAGAACCCCUCCGCUUCGGGGAGAUAGGAGUGGCGGUGCUGCGGACAACGCCUCGGGACGGCUACACCCUGCGGGAGCUGGCUCUAGAGUGCCGUGGUGAACAACGGCGGGUGGCUCACCUGUGGUACACGGCCUGGCCGGACCAUGGCACACCUGCCUGCCCCCAGCAGCUGCUGUCCCUGGCCAGGGAAGCCGAGCAGCUGCGCUCAGAAACCGGGCCUCUCGUCGUCCACUGCAGUGCGGGACUAGGCCGCACGGGCUGCUUUGUGGCCAGCAGCAUCGGCAUGCAACAGCUGGAGGCCGAAGGCAGCGUGGACGUGCUGGCCACCGUGUGUGCCCUGCGUGGGGACAGGGGCGGCAUGGUCCAAACCGCCGAGCAGUACGAGUUUGUGCACCGGACCCUCUGCCUCUUUGAGCAGCAGCUGCCGUGAUUGGGCCGCCAAGGGCUCUGUCUCGGGCCUCCCGGGCGACAGUCUGGUCUCCUUGGGCAUGGUGUCUUUGGGAACUGGAGUCCUUGGGCAUUGUCCUUUGGCACUGUGUCCUUGGGAACUAUAGUCCUUAGGAAUCUGUGCUCUUGGGCACAGUAUCCUGGUGACUGGUCCUCAAGGACUGGUGUCCUCGAGAGCUGGGGCCCCUAAAGACCGGUGUCUCGAGAACUGGUGCCCUUGGGAACUGGCGUCCUUGGGCACCGGUGGACUAACAUCUGACGGCAACGUGCUGGGUCGUUUGAGACACGUCCAGCACUACGUAACCAACGGGGGACAAGGCAAGGCAGUUGAUUGGUGCCAGUGAACACUCAACCCGCUGGUGAUCUUUUUUUUUUAAGACAUUGGUUAAGUUUUAGUUGCGGGUAAGUGAUAGGCCCUACGAGGUAUGCACUUACCCAACUGCCAAAAUGGUAACCGAACAGCCACAUGCUUAUCAAUUUCUUGACGCAAAUGCGGCAGAAAAGUCGCUGGAGCGAAGAUGCGUCGUCCGUUGAUUCCGGUCGUUGGCACUGACAAAAGCCCAAUUGAUCUUUAAAGAAGCCUUUUAACGACGAGCAAGAACUUUGCCCUCUCUAAUAUGCAUGGCUUGGACAGGGGGAGUGGCUAAGUGCAUGCCCAGUAGGGACUUUGAACAUGCCUGCGACUUUUCGAAUGAGCUGCGAGUAUGCUCUUGUUUGCACCGUGCGUGUCUCCUUCCUAGUACGUUCUGUGCCCGUGGCCAGUGGCGAGAUCCCUGGCUCCCUGCCCGGUGACUCUCCCGGUUUUGCCCCGAGGUUCGCCAAGCGACGUGGACAAGAGGUGCCGACGAAGUGAAGCACUGGUGGCAGACUGUGCGACCAAAACCGUUCGCUCGUGACGGACCUUUCGAAACGACUAUUCCUCACCGCCGUUCGCUCGGAAGGAGAGCUUCUUCUAGUCCCGCAACCUCCUUGUGAAUUGCAGAAUGCCUUCCCUUACUGGAACUUGGAAGCAUCCAGUGCUGUUUCUACAUCUCCUUCACCAAACGCAAGGUGGACAAGACAAUUUUAAAAACAAGUUUUCGGGGGUUUUGUUUCCCCAACAUAAAGCAGUCACAAAUGCUGCGACCUGGUUUUUU